AUGUCUGCUACUCCAAACCCUAAAGCCUUCCCAUUGGCCGACGCCAACUUGACCCAGCAAAUUCUAGACGUUGUCCAGCAAGCUUCCAACAUGAGACAACUAAAGAAAGGUGCCAACGAAGCCACUAAAACUUUGAACCGUGGUAUUUCGGAAUUCAUCAUCAUGGCCGCCGACUGUGAGCCUAUCGAGAUUUUGUUGCACUUGCCAUUGUUGUGUGAGGAUAAGAACGUGCCAUACGUCUUCGUUCCUUCCAGAACCGCCUUGGGCAGAGCCUGUGGUGUUUCCAGACCUGUCAUUGCCGCCUCCAUCACCACCAAUGACGCUUCUGCCAUCAAAUCCCAGAUCUACGCCGUCAAGGACAAGAUCGAGACUUUGUUGAUCUAA